GUUGCAAGCAAAGGGUUUCUAAUCACCCGGUUUCAUGUAUUAAUGACUCACCAAACUGCUGGAAUCACUGUAAUUGCAGGAAUAUACCAAAAGGAAUCCAAAGCUUCGUUUCAGGGCUGAAAGCUGAGUUUGGAGAAGCGAAGCUGAGUGGAGCAAGUCUUAAAGUGCAGCAGAUGGCUUGGACCAGCGAGCAAAAACUAGUCUCUGCUGAUGGUUAGAAAUCUCUCAUUUCAUGCAUAUAUUCAUAAAAGCUCUUGAUAAAUGUGCAACUCUGUGUAUGUGAGUUUUACCCUCAACUGCUUUUCUGCUGAGCUGCCUCCUGGGUGUUGGGCUGCUGCUUCCAACGUGGCUUUGGGCUCCUCUGAACACAGAAGAGCCGCUCUCCAUCCUUCAGGGCUGCAUUAAGUGUUGCCUUCUCCUGCUCUGUUUCUGUCCUCUCACCCUCUGCCUACUGCAGUCCUGGUGGAGCUGGCUGGAUGUCUGACUGCAUCAAGAUCUGAAUCCCUCUUCUGGAGGUAUCCCAAGGGAUUUCUUCGCUGCUGGAGCGAUGCCCUGAUCUAGCCCCCAGUGCAAGCUGUUUGCAGGAGCUGCCUCUCGCCUUGUGAAAGGGAGAUGGGGGGAAGGCACCUGCUUGGCUGCUCCAUGCUCAGCCCCAGGCAAUCUCCUGGGUUUAUUUCCAGGCUGUGCAGCUGCUCUUCCCGCAAGCCAGGAGCAGACAGAUCCGUAACGUGGCCAGAUUGGCUCUCCUGGCUGUGUCCAAGCUGUUGCAGGGAUGCUUAUUCGCAGAGAGAGGGCUCAGGGGAGAGCUUAUAACGGUCUUACAGUACCUAAAAGGGCUGACAAGAAACCUGGAGAGGGGCUUUGGACAAGGGAUGUAGGGACAGGCCAAGGGGAAUGGCUUUAACCCACCAGAGGGGAGAUUGAGAUGAGCUCUGAGGCAGAAGCUCUUCCCUGUGAGGGUGCUGAGGCGCUGGCACAGGGUGCCCAGAGAAGCUGUGGCUGCCCCAUCCCUGGCAGUGUUCAAGGCCAGGUUGGACACAGGGGCUUGGAGCAACCUGCUCUAGUGGAAGGUGUCCCUGCCCGUGGCAGGGGGUUGGAGCUGGAUGAGCUUUAAGCUCCCUUCCAACCCAAACCAGUCUGGGAUUCUGUGAUUCUGUGUUGACCUGUAACGAACCAGCCCUGUCCUCCCUGUCUGGGGACAGCAGGGAGCAAGGGGAUGUUUGCCCAGUACCAAUCUCCACAUCAGCAGUCAACAGCACUACAAUGGGAGUAUGUGUGGGGUAUUUUCUGCUUUUUCCUGUUAAAAAGUUGUGCUUUCUCUGGGAGCUGUUCCUGUGUGACCACGGUGCAAAAUGGGGCACUUCUUGCCUUGUGAGCUCUUAAAUAACAAAAAACAAUCUCUUGGAGGAGCCAAGUGAAGGAAGAGCUUUUGGAUGGGUGUUCUGUGAACAUACUGAGCAGUCUUUAAAAAUACAUGUUGUGUGUUGAGUGGUUCCCAUCAUCUGCAGCCUGGCUGUAAGGAAAACGCACGCGGUGCUUUGUUGGGUUUGGGCUUUGUUUGCUUCAGUUUAUCAAAAAAGAUAGUGCCAAGAAAAUGAGUAUUUUUGUUGUAAAGAUGUUUUCAAGGCCGUGUAUUUAUUUAUUUCUUAAAGAGAAUGGUGGAAGACAAGCUGACAAUUUAAUGGCAUGUGAUGCACUAAUAAAAACGUCUGUGGUUGUGUUUAAUCCUUUAAAGGGGAGCAAAGAAACGCGGUAGUUAUCAGCAUUCGAAAGGCAAGACGCAGGCUUAAACGUAUGCAAAGCCUUGGAGAGAGGCUGAAGAAAUGUACUGACUCUCUUGCAGAAAGCUUCUGACAGGCACAUCGCAUCUCUGAAAGUAAGAUUUGAAUUAUUAGAGCUGCCUUUGUUUAUUAAAUGGAGCCUCCAGCAAGAGGAUUAUAGGAAGGAAUCACUGUGCAGGCUCAGCGUUGCAUUGGCAUGAAUUUGAAUGGGUGAUAACAUUUGCUUUAUGGAGCUAAUUCAGUAAGAGAAUUCAAAUAGAUUUGUAAAAGAUCCAGGUGUGUGUUAGAUACCUAAAGAAACAGGCUUCAAGUGCGUGAAUAAGCCUCCUUUUAUGGGUCCAGUUUGCUUUUAGCAGCGGGUAAUCCUUUUAAAACAAGGCUUCUUCCAGGCAAACUCCAACAGAAGAGGGUUUGUUUCAUUUUAAAUCGGGAAUGCCAGGGAAGGAUGCAGAGAGCUAAUAAGAGAGUAAUUAUACACGCUAUUGCUGGGUUGAGGAAGGGCAGAGACCAUUAAAACGCCAUUUUAGGAGUUAAUUAUAUGGUGUUUCCAGUCGAUGCUGGUGUCCUGAUUUCUGUUUAAUCGACGUGUAUCAUGUAUUUAGGAUGUUGUGGUUGUGACAUCUGAUUUCUAUUUUAAGCAACUUUAGGCCGCUGUUAUGAAAUAGUGUCCAAAAAACCUUUAAUACGUAUAUUCCAGCCUCCAUAGGGCUUGUGCCUGUUGGAUUUGAUGAGGAAAUAUGCAAAAGCAAUAAAGGAGAUGGAAAAAACCUUUAGGAAAUAUUUUGGGACAGGCACACAUACCAUAAAUAAAGCAUUGCAGUGGAAUCCAGUUAGUUAAAUCUCUCCUGAAGCUCAUUUAAUAAUAGCAGAGCCUCUGCUACUGCUCAGAUGGAGGCAGCUGUAAUUUGUUUCAAGGUUAGGCUUUGACUUCUGUUUUAUUAGCUUUUCAGUUUAUAUUCUUCUACUUGUGCAGUGUCUCGAGUUGAACUACACAAUGGUUUAGCUAAAAUAGGGAUCUUUUAGAUCGGGGCUUUACACUGGGAUCCUUCAGCAGGGUUUGAUGAAAGCUCCACGCAAGGCAGAUGUCAGGAUUUGCUCUUCAGCCGGGCAGGAUUGUGCUGGGGAGAGCAGAUUAGGCUCCUUUGCAGUUGAUGUGCUGCCUGGAGGAAGUGACAUUUAUGUUCUUGAUCCUUCAGUGAUUCUGCAUGUCAAGAGCUGAGCCUUGAAAUUCGUCUGCAGUGCUGUCUUCAGAGCCGACAGGGCUGAAGGAGAGGAUUUUUACAGGGAGAGGGGGAAACAUUCAACUCCGGUGGCUGUUGCAGACCCUUAAGUACUUCAAUUCUCCCUUCUUUUCUCUCCACAUCUUCCCUGUAGGAAAUCGGAGAGGGAAAUCACUUUAACUCACCAACCGAUGUAUUUUUGAACUUGAAAAUUCGGAGAUGCAUUAGAAUUCAGAGACCUCCCUUUGCUUAAGCUGCAGGAGGCAUAUGGCUGCGUGCUUGCGGGAGGUGUGUGUGAUACCCAGGUCUGGGCUGCUCGGUGCUGGGGCUCCACUGGCUUGUAUGGUGCUCGGAGGGGAUGACCUGGUGGUUGCGGUGCAGCUGAAGGGUUUUCAUGCCUAAAACCUGAAUUUCGGAGGCUUUUAUUUUCUCUGUUUGGAUGGUAUGGUGUGAAUAUGCGUUGCUUGGCAGCUCGGGUCAACUACAAGACUCUGAUCAUCAUCUGCGCCCUCUUCACCCUGGUGAUGGUGCUGCUCUGGAACCGAUGCUCCUCCGACAGAGCUGGCCCAUUCCCUCGCAGCCUCUCCGGCCCUGAGCGCCGAGCUGUCGCCUCCGAGAGCGACCUGGCCCGGCAGCAGAGCGAGGAGGCAUCCCCCCAGGAGCAGCAGAAGGCUCCCCCCAUCGCGGGAGGCUUCAACAAAGCCCUGGGGCUGAAGUACGAGGAGAUAGACUGUCUGAUCAAUGACGAGCACACCGUUAAAGGGAGGAGGGAAGGCAACGAGGUCUUCCUGCCGUUCAGCUGGGUAGAGAAAUACUUUGAGGUUUAUGGGAAAAUUGCUCAGUACGAUGGUUAUGACAGGUUUGAAUUCUCUCAUAGCUACUCCAAAGUAUACACACAGCGAGCACCUUAUCACCCCGAUGGGGUCUUCAUGUCCUUCGAGGGCUACAACGUGGAGGUUCGAGACAGAGUGAAGUGCAUAAGUGGUGUUGAAGGUGUGCCAUUAUCCACGCAGUGGGGCCCUCAAGGCUAUUUCUACCCCAUCCAGAUUGCACAGUACGGGUUGAGUCACUACAGUAAGAACCUGACAGAGAAACCCCCUCACGUGGAGGUGUAUGAAACAGCUGAAGAGAAGGACAGAGCCAGCAGGUCUGCAGAGUGGACGGUGCCCAAAGGCUGCUCCCUAUCCACAGUGUCUGACAGAGCCAAGUUCACCAGUGUCAAGCAGUUCGUUGCUCCAGACAAUACCGAGGGGGUAUCUCUGCAGCUUGGGAACACCCGAGAUUUUAUCAUUUCCUUUGAUCUCAAAUUCAUCACAAACGGAAGCGUUUCCGUGGUUCUCGAGACAACAGAGAAGAACCAGCUCUUCACCGUGCACUACGUCUCCAACAACCAGCUCAUCGCUUUUAAGGACCGAGACAUCUACUACGGCAUCGGCCCCAGGACUAGCUGGAGCACCCUCACCAGAGACCUGGUGACUGACCUGCGGAAAGGCGUCGGGCUCUCCAACACGAAAGCUGUGAAGCAGACCAAAAUCAUGCCCAAGAGGGUGGUGAGGCUGGUGGCGAAGGGAAGAGGCUUCCUCGACAAUGUCACCAUCUCGGCCACCGCUCACAUGGCGGCUUUUUUUGCUGCCAGCAACUGGCUGGUGAGGAACCAGGACGAGAGGGGUGGCUGGCCCAUCAUGGUGACGAGGAAGCUGGGGGAAGGCUUUAAGUCCUUGGACCCGGGCUGGUACUCGGCCAUGGCACAAGGACAGGCCAUCUCGACGCUGGUGCGGGCGUACCUGCUGACGAAGGACCACACGUUCCUCAGCUCGGCUCUGCGGGCCACGGCGCCGUACAAGCUGCCGUCGGAGCAGCGCGGGGUCAAAGCCGUCUUCAUGAACCGGCACGACUGGUACGAGGAGUACCCGACCUCCCCCAGCUCCUUCGUGCUCAACGGCUUCAUGUACUCCUUAAUCGGGCUCUAUGACUUGAAAGAAACGGCCGGGGAGAAGCUGGGGAAGGAGGCGCGGGUCCUCUACGAGCGGGGCAUGGAGUCCCUCAAGGCCAUGCUUCCCCUCUACGACACCGGCUCAGGGACCAUCUAUGACCUUCGGCACUUCAUGCUCGGCACCGCUCCCAACCUGGCCCGCUGGGACUAUCACACCACCCACAUCAACCAGCUCCAGCUCCUCAGCACCAUCGACGAGUCGCCCAUCUUCAAGGAGUUCGUCAAGAGGUGGAAGAGCUACCUGCGAGGCGGCCGGGCAAAGCACAACUAGAGCUCACAACCAAACCCCUGGGUCCUGCUGCUUUGAGGAGAUGCAGUGUCCCAAGGUGGCAUCUUGAUUUUUUAUGGACCGUUUCAAAGAAGUGAUCCUUACAACUGAUCUCGGGAAAUCAUUGCAUUCCAGUGUGAAAACAUUUGGGUCUGAUGGAUUCAGAAGCUUCAGCCUGUCCUUAGUGCUCCACAGCAAAACCAUCUGCACGAAGCAAACCCCUUUUGUGCUCCUGAGUUUGGGGAUGGGUUUUGGUUGGGGUUUUUUGUUCCUUUUUCUAGGAAAACAUUUGCAGAAGCCAUACAGGUCUCUGAAGUCCAGCACUUUCCUCAAGAGUUAGUCCAUGGCCUCUUAAAAUGGAGUUAUCUAUGUCUACGUUGGAGCAGACCAUGUGGUGUGACGCCGUCGAUGUGUAUUUACUUAUAGCCUGGGUGGUGGUCAGUGUAUCUUUUUAAGGGUGUUUUUUUUUAAUGCAGAUUCUAUUCUUGGGGUGAAAAUACACAUUAUGAUGUUUUUUCCCCCAGUUCUCUGUGUGGAGGUCCUGUAGCUGUAUGGUUUCUUCACAGAUGUGGGAACAGCAGACACUCAACCAGCGUGCCAGGCUUCGGAGUCCCGUCACGUAAGCACAACCCGGUGGGACUGCACAAAGCCUGCAAUCACGCCACCCCCUUUUGUAAAGCCAAAUUCACCAUCACCCAUCAGGUUUGCUGGUGUCACCUCCUCCUGGGUACCCAGGAUCUCUCACCGUGGUGCCCUGCGUUUUGUACUGUGGUUUUUAAUCCCAUCUGAGAGGUUCCUCUAAGCUUUGGCAACUUCAUUCUUUGGGAGACUUGAAUUGCUGAGUGUGAUGUGGAGCUCACUGAGGAGCGUGCAGGAAGCUCAGUUGGAAUGAAUUAAGGUUUUUCCUAUGGUGGUUUUCAUUUUUAACCUGCUUGAGGUUAAAAAUCAAGCAUUUUAAGAAUGAAAAUCACCCCAGAGGGCUUUCCAGCUCCACUUGUGCUUUAAUACUAAGUUUCACCUCUGCGUGCUGUCUUACGAUGUAAGGGGUCGCUGCAUCUCCAGCAGUGGCUUUGGGGUGUGCUUUGUCUUUGCGGCUCUGCCAGGCGAGCAAGGGGACCCGUGCAAUAACCCAACACGUGCAUCCAAACCCAAAUGCUUCCACCGUCCUGUGGCAAUGCAGAAGGUUUCUUUUUCCUGGUUAUCAGCCCUUUACACCCACCGUUCCUCUGCCUUCUCGGCGGGUAGUGUCCUGGUUGAUCCCAUUACAUGUUGUACAUGUAGGUGGGGGUUAAGCUUAAGAUGUUCAUGCUGAGGGUGAAGUUCAUUCACAUCACAAGAAGGCUGGGCACAAGGACAAUAUGCAUCUUGAUUUCUUUAUUUUUUGAUGCUUUCUCUGUUUCUCGCAGACACAACUGUUUCAUUACUUGAUCUUUGCAAAUGCAUGCUGUGAUCGUGUCAGUUCAUUUGAGAAGUGGAUGUCACAGGAGAAAUUUCAAUACCAAAGGUAGCAGAGGUGAAUUUUUUAUGUCCAUGUGAAUACACACACGCACGCACACACACACAACCCCAGAAUGUGCUUCCUUUACAAACGCAAACAUCUUUCUCCUGCACGUUUCCUCCAUUUUUUGCCCAUUUUGGCUUUGGAGGAUCUAGAGAGACUCUUUGGGUACUGCUCAAGAGAUGGUUUUGGUGCCUUAUGGAGGCCAUCAUUUCCUCUUUCUGUUUUGUUAAUGAAUACCAGGUGGAAAAGUGCAGUUGCUGCUCUUACGGUGUGAGUCAGCCCGGCCACUGUUGGAUGGGUGAGCUCAGAAGCACGGGUUGGCCAUGCCAACACCAUCGUGUUGUCAAACCACCUUAUCCUUAGCACCUCCAUUGCGUUUUUGUUGGCCUUAGCACUCGUCUAACUCAAAGGAACCACCAUCAGAGGUUGGUAGCACCGAAGAGAGGUAGCGUGGGGUUUCUCCUGUUAUUCCUUUCAAUUCAGUUAGGUGGUGGAAGAGGAUUAUUGGACAUUGGUGCCCAUAAUUUCAUCGAAUUCACUCAAGUUUGGGGUUAUUUUGUUUGUUUUCAGUCUUCAAACUGACAAAGCUCUUGGGGACUAAGCCCUGUUUAGUCUUUGCCUGGGGUUUACUGUACAUAGACUUCGUUGGAAGCGUGGUGCGCGUGGGUAUGUGCAACCCAGUGACACACAAGCACAAGUGUACAAGUGUGGCAGUGCUCUUUUCCUCAUUGUGCAAGACAUUCACUGAAAGCUGCUAUUUUCAUUCACCUUGUAAUUGUCCUUUAUUUUUUCUACAUUUUAUUUUUUACAUGUGGGGUAUCCACCAUGUGUUAAAUAUGCAAUAAAUUGUUUACAGGAUGCUCUUGUGAAGGGUAGUCCUUUGUAAAGCUGUACAGACUUUGCAGUUUAAGCACAAUGUGCACACGUUAGUUUUAUAUACAGCCAGACAUGACUUUUUGCAGCGGGAAAGGUUCUACUAUGUUUAUAUACAAAGUAAAUGGCUCAACGUUUGUUUGUGCUUCAUGUAAAGCUGCUUUAUAAGACUGUAAAAUAAACUUUUUUUAUCUUAAGACAGA